GCAAAUUCUAAGUAGAGGAAGACAAAAGAGUAGGCCCUCGUCUUUAACAAACCACUCCCCGUCCCCCGCGCAGAAGCCUCCGUCCAUCGACACUCCUCCGUCGUCGGCCUCUUCCCCCUCCCUGUCUCUCUCUCUCUCUCCCAGGGGCGGUCUUGCAAAUGGCGACGGCGGCCCUCCAAUCGGAGCAGCUGAAGGACAUUUUCAGGCGAUUCGACAUGGACUCCGACGGCAGCCUGACCCAGCUUGAGCUCGCCGCCCUCCUCCGGUCGCUCGGGCUGAAGCCCACCGGUGACCAGCUCCACUCCCUCCUCUCCGCCGUCGACGCCAACUCCAACGGCAAGGUCGAGUUCGACGAGCUCGUCUCCGUCCUCAUCCCCGACGACCUCUCCGCCGCCCCUGACGACCUCUUCAUCAAACAGGAGCAGCUCCUCGAGGUCUUCCGCUCCUUCGACCGCGACGGCAAUGGCUUCAUCACCGCGGCCGAGCUCGCCGGCUCCAUGGCCAAGAUGGGCCACCCCCUCACCUACCGGGAGCUCUCCGAGAUGAUGCGGGAGGCCGACACCAACGGUGACGGCGUCAUCAGCUUCAGCGAGUUCGCCACCAUCAUGGCCCGCUCCGCCGUAGAUUUCCUCGGAUUCCCCUCAUCGUAGUGGCCGGGGAUCCAUCGCCCUGUUGACUUUUCUUUUCCCAUUUCUGUUUGACUCGGUUCAUCUCCCCGGUCCCAGGAAACCACAACCGUCCGAUCUGUUAAUACGUGUGCAGGUGCCAUGAUCCUACGGCUGUCGUUCUCCUCCGUGGUAAAGUCACAGAUGUCGUUAGCCUAGAUCCAGCCAGCCAUAUAACCAAAUAAGUGAAUCUCAACCAUUGGAUCUGACGUAGCGCCGAUGGUCGAGACCGAUACAAUCUGGUCGGACUAUAUAUUCUUAAUGCUCCAGUGCAGCAGGAUUGAUUACUAGGUGGCCGCAAAAUUUACGUGCUUGCUAUCGGGCAAUUGUAGAGAUGGAUCGCGGCCGUGGCAAAUUGGAAAUGAUUAUCGGUCCUGUGCACUCGAAGUUCUAUGUAUUCGUUCGCCUAAAUUUGUUCAUGUACAUGUUAGGAGGAGAGGGGGAUUGUGUAAGAGAAGAGUUUCAUGAUGUGGCCUUUCGGUUAAUGUUAUUGAUUGAAAUAGUUUGUGUUCUCCUAAUGCC